AUGAACAUGAAAACGGUUGUUAUUCUCCUGGUCUUGGCUCUGGCCACCGUUUUUGCUUUAGUUUGUGUUUUGUUGACUAAGAAGGAGAAGGUCACGACUUGCGUCUGCUCAGAGCCAAAGAGUUCCCCAGAAGGUAUAAAUGAUGAAAAGAGCAAGAUAUUUGCUGACUUGACAGCAGAAGAGAUGACUCAAGUGGUAACAUACCUCAAGGACAAUCUUGGUGUCCAUCUACAAGAUGCCUUUCAUGCAGAACCAGCCGAUAACUGCAUUUACUAUCUGGAUGUUUACCUCCCUGUGAAAGCAGAGGCAUUGGGCUUCCUGGACCAUGGAAGGAUUCGACCCCCUCGGCAGGCAUUGGCUGUGGUUUUCUUUGGAGGCCAGCCAGAUCCAAAUGUUACAGAAUUCCUGGUAGGUCCUCUCCCAAAUCCUACAUACCAUCGGGACAUUACACUCACAAAGUUCGGCAAAAAAGUGCCAUAUCACAGCAGACCAGUGACUGAGAAGGAAUACCGGGACAUUGACUUGCUUAUUUUCCUCGAGUUCUCCAAGGCCCCCACCUUCCUCAAAGAAUGCUGUGAGUAUCCUGAGACGAACUUGGCUACUCUGACUACAGCCCCCCGAGGUCUUGAGUCUGGAGAUAGAGCUACUUGGUUUGUCCUUUUCCAGAAUGUGUUUGGCAGCGGCUAUUUUAUCUACCCUGUUGGCUUGGAGAUCCUGGUGGAUCAUAGCAGCUUGAACCGCUCUCAGUGGAAAGUGAAGAGCGUGUUCUACAAUGGCCAGUAUUAUCAGGGCCUUGCACAACUGGAAAAAGACUACAAAGACAGGCUUGUAAAGGAGGUCAGAGUGAAGAGAGUCCAGACAGAGAAUGAUUUUGCAUCCAUGAAGCGGCCACCGCCACCGCCUCUUGCUCCUGCCAGCCCUCUGCAGUUUGAGCCCCAAGGGAAGCGCUACAGUGUAAUGGGCAGCCAUGUGGUCUAUCAGUCGUGGAGCUUUGCCUUUGGGAUGAACGUGAACACCGGGCCACGUCUCUUUGACAUCAGGUUCGGCACAGAGAGAAUAGUCUAUGAGCUGAGUUUGCAGGAAGCCCUGGCCACGUAUGGGUCUGACUGUCCGGGUGGAAUGGUGACCAGGUACAUGGACGGCAGCCUUGGCAUUGGGAAGUUCUCUUUUGAACUGGUGCGGGGUGUGGACUGCCCCUAUACCGCCACCUAUGUGGACCGACACUACUUGAUAGAGUCUGAUACCCCCAAACUAAACAAGAACUCUUUCUGCAUCUUUGAGCAUGACAUGGGGGUGCCUCUGCGUCGUCAUUUCUCCAACAUGGGCUCUUUUUAUUAUGGGGGUUUAGCCAAAUAUGCUUUGGUCUUAAGGGCGGUUUCCACCCUCAUCAACUACGAUUAUGUCUGGGAUUUUGUUUUCUACCAAAAUGGUGCUAUUGAAGUCAAGGUCCACGCCACAGGAUACAUCAGCUCCUCCUUCUUCACUGGCCAGGGAAAGGCGUAUGGGAACAGGGUUGGGGAGCACACGCUUGGGACCAUGCACAGCCAUCUCAUGAACUACAAAGUAGACUUGGAUGUUGCAGGAACCAAGAACUCCUUGGUGGCCCUUGAUAUGGCAUUUGAGACGGUGCAGGUGCCCUGGAGCCCAGAAUACCAGAUCCAGCGCCCCGUGCUCACAAGCCAAGACCUGGACAAGGAGGAAAAAGCCGCCUUCCCACUUGAUGGCAAAGUCCCACGGUAUCUGCACUUCACCUCCAGCCAGGAGAACCAGUGGGGCCAUCAGCGUAGCUACCGCAUCCAGAUUGUCAGCUUUGCAGGCGAGCACCUGCCUGAAGCAAGCACCAUGGAGAAGUCCAUCAGCUGGGGCAGGUACAAGGUGGCUGUCACCAAGCGGAAAGAGGAGGAGAUGACCAGCACCUCCAUCUAUAACCAGAAUGACCCUUGGGAUCCCUUGGUGGCCUUUGCCGACUUCAUAGACAACGAGACUAUCAGCAAUGAGGAUCUCGUGGCUUGGAUCUCAGUUGGCUUCUUCCAUGUGCCUCAUGCAGAGGAUAUCCCCACUACAGUGACUGUGGGCAAUGCGGUAGGCUUUUUCCUUCGGCCUUACAACUACUUUGGUGUCGACCCCUCAGUCAAGUCCCCGGAUAGUGUCUACUUCACCAUUGGCCAAGAUGUUGACAAGUGUGACUUCAACCAGGCUGCCUGCUUGCCGAAGACAGGCUCCUGUUCACCCAGCCUCCCGAGUUUUGCUUUCACAGGCUUCCAGAACCUGACAGGCCCCUGA